CGCAAUGAAUCCCAGCCAAACUCUCCGCAAACAGAAAAACACUCGGGGCUGCUCGGCAUCACACUGCGAGAAAAAUGCCGUUUUCGCCAGCUACCAUUGGAAAAAACUGCUGCCAAACAAAUAAAAGCAUAUGCAGUAUAUCCGAAGAAAAUACUUUGAUUAACAAUUAAUUGUAUUUUGAAUUUAUAUGCCCGAAAGUGCUCAGAUCAAAGAAUACAUAGAGGACUGAAUAAACUGUCAAAGGUGCUGGAAGAAGGACAACGAUGGAUCUCUGUCACCUGGCUCUGUGGGCUGCUCUCAUCAGUCUUGCACAGUGCUGCCCAGAACCAUGUAGCUGUCAAGACAAAUACGCUCAUCAGUUUGCCGACUGUGCUUACAAAGACCUGCUGGAGGUACCUGUAGGACUGCCAACCAAUGUGACGACUCUCAGUCUCUCUGCUAACAAAAUCACCCUGCUAAAAUCCAAGUCCUUCGUGAACGUUACUCAGGUAAAUUCACUGUGGCUGGCGCACAAUGAGAUCGUUACCAUAGAACGUGGCACUCUGGCACCGCUGGUGCAGCUACGAAACCUGGAUCUGAGCCACAAUAAAAUCGUGAACUUCCCAUGGGAAGAUCUCUACAACCUCACUGCCGUACAGCUGCUGAAGAUGAACAACAACGAAAUGGUCAGUCUGCCUAAGGAUGCCUUUUCCACUCUGAAAGACCUGAGGUCACUCCGUAUUAAUAACAAUAAGUUUACCACCAUCGCACAGGGCACCUUUGAUGCACUGAGCUCCAUGUCCCACCUUCAGAUCUUCAACAAUCCAUUCAAAUGCUCCUGCAGACUGGAAUGGUUAAGGGAUUAUAUUUCUGAUGCUAAAAUUUCAAUUCCAGAGCAAACCUCUAUCAUGUGCGAGACCCCCACACAUCUGAAAGGUAUGCUGGUCGUGAAAAUGCCGAAAUUAGAGUGCGUCGCUCCAACUGUGAGUAUAACUUACUUGCCCAAUAUCGAGAACACUGAGCUCUAUGAGGGUUUCAUGUUGAUAUUGAACUGUGAAGCCAAAGGAAACCCACACCCAGACGUCAAGUGGGAAAUCCGUGCUGGAAAUGAGAACAUUGAGUUCAUCUUACCCAGUCCGGUGAGUGAAAAAAAUGACCUGCCUGUAGAUUCCAAAAUGGUGGACAACCGAUUUCAGGUCUUUCAAAAUGGCACCCUCAUCAUCCCCCGCACGAGCAAGAAGGAGGAUGGUAAUUACAGCUGCUCGGCCACCAACGACUUAGGAAGAGCCGAGAGCUCAGUCAGGGUCAUUGUGGCAGGUACCAAAAAACAGCCUAAGAGUUCCAUGGACACCACAGCAGAAAGGAAGAAUUUAUUCGGACGUCAACCCGACACUAAGGCCUCCAAAAACAGCGUGAUCACUUGGUCUAGGUCUGAGGAAAAGAGCAAGAACAUCCCCACCGGUUCAACGUACAUCACUGAGGACACCGUGCAGCCUGGCAAGGAUCCAGCACAACCAACAUUCGCCAACAAAUGUGGCAUAAAUGAUGGCACCAUAUAUGUUUCGAACCAUGCCUUUAAUAUGAGCUUAGAAGAGCUGAAGCAGUAUACCUUCGAUUUUGGGGUCAUUGCACUAGAAGUAUCAGAAACUGAGGCCAAAGUCCAGCUCAAUCCUCUGCAGCUACCCAGCUCAAAGACAAAUCUACACCUCAGUCCAUCCCAGGAACUUGAAACUGUGAAUAAAGAAGCUUCCAGCCAAACAUCACCCAAAAAGGUGCCCCUAGAUAUGCUCUACUUAUGCGUAAGUACGGGUAAUGGGCACUCUGUAGUUCAGUGGUCCAAGAUUGAGGAUGGCAUUAAUGCUUAUCGUUUCCAAGGUCUGCAGCCAGGAACAAACUAUACACUCUGCCUCACCUAUGGCGGCUCUGACUGUCAUGUCCAAGUCGUCUUCACAACAAGGAAGAAAAUCCCUUCCCUGCUCAUCAUAGUUGUAGUUAGCGCGUUCCUGUUGGCCUUGGCCACUGUCCCCUUGCUAGGGGCUACUUGCUGUCACUUAUUGUACAAAUACCAAGGCAAGACAUAUAAACUGAUCAUGAAGACACAAAAUCCAGAUCAGAUGGAGAAGCACAUGGCUACAGACUUCGAUCCCAGGUCGUCUUUUGUUGAAUCUGAGAAGAACUUCAACCCUAGUGAGGCAGGCGAGGGAGAGGGAGAGGGAGAGGCGCAGAGUGAGGUAGGGGACGGUGAAGGUGAAGUGGAAGGCAGCGUGGUCACCGAAUCCAUUCCCGGAUCGCAGUCCAAAACUAACAAUGACGAAUUUGAGGUGGGUUCCGAAUACAGCGAUCGAUUACCCCUAGGGGCAGAAGCAGUGAAUAUCUCGGAAGAAAUUAACGGAAAUUACAAACAUCCUGGUCGCUGACAGGUUUGUUGUCAGAGGUUAGAGGCUGUUGCUAUCAACGAAUUUAAAAAACCAGGUAAUUUCCAGAUCACUACUUCAUACAGCACAGGAGUCCGUUCGUUCAUAUAAGCUCCCAAAAAUCACAUAUGAGUAUAAUAAAUAUACAUAUGAUGUUCUGUUGCGACAAACUCUUUUACCACCAGUUAAUGUCAUGGAUUGGAGGGAAUGUUUUAGAGGGACACCAGAUAUAAAUACACUUGUAUAAAGACAUUGUAAUGCAUUCGAAACUAGAGGCACUUUUGUCGUUGUCAUUUUAUCGUUAUCAUUGAUGUUUAGUAAAAUAAAGAGCUCUAAAAUAAUACUCGGAAAAGUCGGUGAAAAUCGCCUUUACCCCUGUAGACAGGAGCAAAAUGACUAGUCGUUUUUAGACGUUUGUAUCUGAGGAUUGUGGUGCUGCCGACGGCACUUUCAGUACCCGCGUCUGUGCGUUUGACUAUUAUUACUCUGUAAGAUAUGACGGGAAUUUCACGGUCAAUAAAGGAGGGCAUAUACACGCUUUGGGGAAUCCAAGCAACCACCAACAGUAUUAAAUAUACUGUGGCGAUUCUAACAGAUGUGACUUGAAGCCCUUAAAAUCACUGGUGCUUGAUAUUUUCUUCCUUUUCUCAGAUUCCGAACGUGUCCUCGAUCCCUUUUAGAGAUGUUGUCCGUGGCAUGUCACACAUAUGUAUUUUCAUGUGUGUUUUUAAUAGUGUAUAGGAAGUUAGAUAUACUUAAUGUCAUUAUGUGAUGUAAGCCCGGUGAAACGAAAAUGUUUCUUUUUGUUAAUGAACAAGGUCAGUUUGCAUAUGAACACCUUACGGCUUUGAGUGUAAUGUAAAAUGACUCAUUGUGGGCUUUAAGUGACUAACUGUCCAGUUAUAUUUUAAAGAUCCCUUUACAUUUUUGAUAUCAUUUUAUGUACGUGGAAUAAAUAAAGUUCUUGAAAAUAA